CUACAGGCUGAGGUGGUGCUCAAACAGCGAGAACCGGAGGGCAGAGGACCUCGUCUGCUGGUCAACCAGGCUAACCUGGUCUGGGUGCACUACCAUUUGGGGGAGCUGCCGGAGUGCCACGCUUCUCUGGAGGAAGUGACCCGGCUCCAGGAGGAUUUCCCUGCACCUCCCGGGUGUGAACUGCAUCCAGAGGUAUAUGGGGAGAAAGGCUGGACUCAGGUGAAGUUUGAGUAUGAAUUGAAAAAGCAAGCUGUAGCUAACUUUGAAAUGGCUCUGAGAGGAGACCCAGAUAGGAAAGAGUGGCACGUAGGCCUUGCAAUGGCCAAGUAUAAAGUUUAUUAUGGUAUAGGGAAUGAACAAUUGAAUGAAGAAAUUAUAAAGCAAAUUGAACGUGCAAAGACAAUGGAUCCAGAUAAUCUUCGCAUGUCAGCUCUCUACUUGGUUGCUUUGGCAGCGGUUGGCCAGAAGACAGAAGAGACUACGAGAGAGGCCGAAAAACUAGUCCAACAGAUAAAACCCAAUCAAGAUGGCCUUGGAGAUCUUCUCCAUUUCUUCCGCGUAUAUGAUUCAUCGGAUAGAGGUUUACAAUUAGCAGAAGAGGUAGUGAGGAAAUACCCGUCUGAAAAAGGAACCAAAAAGCAGCUGGCUCAUUGUUAUAGAAGGAAAAUUUUGGAAUCACGGGGGAACAUAGAUCAGGAAUUGAUGAGGAAAGCCCUUGACAUUUAUGAAGAGGUCAUCAGCCUUUACCCAUACAGAGAGGAGUUUAAAAUGAAUAUUGCAGGAUUAUACGCUCAAUCAGGCGACAUCGAGAAAGCAGAUCAGAUAUAUGAGGAUCUUCUCAGUAAGAGGGAUGCCCUCGAACCUAAGUGUCUACAGCUGUUAUACUCCAGAUAUGCAAAACACCUUAAUCGGUUUAAAAAAUUGCCUUUGGAAUCCAGUGAUUACCACAAAAAGAUUGUAGAAAUCCAAGUUCAUUCUUGGGAGAAGCAGGACAGCAUCAGAAUUCUCCAGUCAAUUAGUCGUUGCCAACCGAGAUUUGAUGAUAUCCCAGUCUUUCUAUCACAGCAUGGACUGAACUGAUUUUGCGCUGUAUGUCUUAGUCAUAUAGACAGCUGUAGUGAUUGUAGUGAUUGAAGGUUGUGAUUGAAGGUUGUAGAAAUCCAAGUUCAUUUUUGAGAGAGGCAGGACAGCAUUACAAUUCUCUGGAAAAUUGAUAGGAAUAUUAGCCAUCCAAAACCUGAAGAAAUCCAAGACUUUUUGUUCAAGCAUCUGAGCUGAUCAUGUGUACAGUAGUUUGUCUACUCAUAUGAUGCAGUAUUCAGAUACAUCCCAAAUUUUAAUAAAUAAAUGUACAAUCAAGAAAUUAUGCAAACUCGCAGACCGAAAAUGCCGCUAUAUACAUUCUUUGCAGUCAGAUAAUGGGGAAAAAUUGAGUUAAUUAAAAAAUUGAUGUGUAAACUUUGGAAGAUCCUGUAAUGACCACUGUAAACUGUAUCCAGUGUUGUAGUCUGUAUAUUAGUACUCACUAGCCUGGGUGCCAUUCCGAACUUAGUCCC